AUGCAAACGCGUUGCGUUCCAAUUAACAGUUCAUUAUAUGCGUUAGCAAUAGAUUUACCGCAAUGCCGACCUCGAUCGAGGCGUCAGAAAAAAUCUCAAUCCAGUUCCUCAGGCAAUACAAGCUCGGAUGAGAAAAGGCCCCGAACGGCAUUUAGUGGUACCCAAUUGGCAAGGCUCAAACACGAAUUUGCUGAAAAUCGGUAUCUGACAGAAAGGAGAAGACAGCAGUUAAGUGCCGAACUUGGUUUGAAUGAAGCACAGAUUAAAAUCUGGUUCCAAAACAAAAGAGCAAAAAUCAAAAAAGCAUCUGGCCAAAAGAACCCACUAGCCCUCCAAUUGAUGGCCCAGGGUCUGUAUAACCAUUCCACGGUCGCAUGUGAUGAAGAUGAAAUGUGUGCGAAUUAA